AUGUCGCUCGCGAAAUUGAUGGUGGAACUGUGGGCAUUUGUGUUCCAGCUUAAUGGAGGCUCCCUUUUCGUGUUCAUUCCUGGUCCCUGUCCUCGUCCUUUUUCCUUCUCCCCUUCCCCCUUCGUUUCCCAAGGGAAAAUGUACGAUCGAAUUGUGGUGCUUGGAUUAAACAGAUCUCAUGCCAAGAAUGCACUUAACAAAAAUCUUUUAAAAAUGAUGUCAAAAGCUGUGGAUGCUUUGAAAUCUGAUAAGAAAGUACGAACUGUUAUAUUCCGGAGUGAAGUCCCAGGGAUAUUCUGUGCUGGUGCUGACCUUAAAGAAAGAGCAAAAAUGCACUCAAGUGAAGUUAGUUCUUUUGUCUCAAAAGCAAGAGCAACCAUUAAUGAAAUGGCUAAUCUUCCAGUACCUACUAUUGCCGCAAUAGAUGGGACUGCGUUAGGUGGUGGCCUAGAACUUGCUUUAGCCUGUGACAUAAGAGUGGCAGCCUCGUCUGCUAAAAUGGGCCUAGUUGAAACAAAGUUGGCAAUCAUUCCAGGUGCAGGGGGCACCCAGCGAUUGCCUCGCACAAUUGGUGUAUCUUUGGCAAAGGAGCUGAUCUUCUCUGCGCGCGUUGUAGACGGCGAGGAAGCAAAAGCAAUAGGACUGAUCAGCCAUGUGGUAGAACAGAAUGAAGCAGGGGAUGCUGCCUACAGAAGAGCGUUAGCUCUUGCAAGAGAAUUUUUACCUCAGGGACCACUAGCAAUGAGAGUUGCAAAACUGGCCAUCAAUCAGGGAAUGGAGGUGGACUUAGUAACAGGUUUAGCAAUUGAAGAAGCUUGUUACGCUCAGACUAUUCCAACAAAAGAUAGAAUUGAAGGUCUUCUUGCAUUUAAGGAGAAAAGACCUCCUCGCUACAAGGGAGAAUAGAAGAAGCUGAUGCCUUUAAAAUACAGUGGGUAUAAAUGUACUGCUAGGAGGACCAUUAAGGUGCACUUUGCAUCAGCGCCUGGAAUAUCUCAACCGCCAAAGUAAAAGCAAAUCAUACUGGCGUUACAACAUUUUGAAUGCGUCUGCGCUUGUACUGGGCCCAGAUAGAUAUGUCUUUCAAUUCAUGGUCAUUAAAGUUUCUAAAGGUUGCUCUGUGUAUUGGCGAGGUCACAGGUCCAUGCAGCAUUUUUAAAAUUUCAUAUGUAUGAAACUUACCAUUCCUCAAAUAAAAAAGCUCUGUAAAUUCUUUAUAUAGAUAAAGCCUAUAUGUGAUGUUAAGUGUACAUCUACUGUAUCAUUUUAUCAAAAUAAAAGUGACUUCUACACACCACAAAAAAAAAAAGGAAUUAUACCGAGUAUGCAUAAUAAAUGCUUCUGUAUAUCAGCAAAAUUAUAUUUGAAUAUUCCAGCUGAAUAUAUACCUUAUUAAUAAAGUUAAGGGAAAUGAAAAGGAUUAUCGUUUGGAAAGCGUUCAGCUUUAUUUAUCUGACUUACGCUAUUAUAAGUAAAAUGAAAUUAACUUUGAGAAUACACAUAAUGAUGUCCUUUUGAUGAAGUCAUUGCCAUUAUAUUCAUUUAAUUGUAUUAAAUUACGACAUCUUUGAGGCCAGUCUUUAAUUAUACAUUCUUGUAUGUUAAACUCAGCUAUGUCUUACAUUGUUCCAAAAUAUCGUCCGAUAAACACUGUCUGCUGUGAAGGAACUUUAUUUCACUUGCCCCAGUAAUUUUAGAUUUUUGAUGCAUUAAAGAUUUUUCGGUGCAGGGAUGUGACUAAUACACUGUUAAAGCUAGAAUUCUCUUCAGCUCCAAAAUGCUGGUUUUGUGGGUUCUAACACUGUGUUUUUGUAUGCAACGAGGCUAAAACUGAAAGGUCCUUUAUACUGUGGAGCCUUCAGGAUACUGUUCAUACUUUGAAAGAGAAAUCCAGUAGGUUAUGAGGUGAGAAAACUAUUGUGAUUCAUACUGUGUGUUUGCUAUGGUAAUGGCAUAUGCAGCAAAUACCUGGAAAUAGCCUCUUAGAAAGUAUUUUUGUUUACUUGACUGGAAAAUAAACAUGGCUUAGCAGUCAAAGGUGAUCUUUUUUAUAUGGAAACAACUUCCUUCGUGUUUGCUUACCAUUGUCAAAUGAAACUCGUGCGUGCUCUGCUGUAUCUGCAACAUUAACUAUGGUCACUGUCCAUAUCUGUGGUACUAAAGCAGAUGAUCGACAUGAAACGAGAAGAGCUUAUCUAAAUUCAUAUUUAGACAUAUCUUUGCAUGUAAAUUGAUUAUAACUGGUAGAGCACACACUUUGUUGACUAGUAAACUUGCUGAGUCGAUCAUUUCAUGCGAGAUAAUUUGCAAAUAAAGUACCGGUGCCUGUUUUGAUAGUCUAUUAUAAAGCCUAGAGGGUCAUUUUCUCCUGUUUUUGAAAUGCUAACAUGUCAUUUUCCUUUUUACUGAGUAGGAAAUAAUUAUGUUAAUAGGAGAGAAAAUAUUGAGUCUGUGCUGACUGGUUUGUGUUUCAGAACUUUGAUAUACAGUCUGGUUAUUGAGCUGCCUCUGGUUUUCUGGCAAGCGCUGAUUAAGUAACUUCUGUGGCAUAAGACGGUGCUGUUCAACAUCCUGUGUAGAUUCUUGCCCUUAACUAGUUUUGAUCUCAGAAAAUAAUCUUGCUGUCGUAGUAGUCUCUCCAUUUCUUUUUCUCAGGAGAAUAUAUUGUCACAUUUGGCAGUUUGAGUCCCUUUUUUGAAGUCAACAGUUUGAUUAUUAUUACAAAGUGCGUACCAAUUGGGCAAUCUUUAAAGGUACUUAUUAAUGAUAUUGAAACAAUUCUGAAGGAAUAAUAAUUUAGCGAAAGAUAGGUUCAACGCUUGCUGCUGUUGAGUAAAUAGCAUUAUGACGACUGCAUUGCUCAUCAUUAAUAGCAAUAUUAGAAUUCUACUCCCAAAACAGGGGGAUUUGUAAAAGAAAUGCUCUUACAGAGCCUAACUUCUCCUGAUGAAAAUUAUCCACCUUGAAGUGUUCAGGCUCAGCUCGUCCAGCUCCUGGUAAAGGCAUGCUUUUCUCCGCAGUACCUCAUGGGUAAGCGUCCCCUGAUCCUGGCUGGUUCCCUGAAAGGUUAUUUCAUGGUUCCCAGGCAUAAACAGCUUUUCCUCCUGCUUCUGCUGAGCUCAGGUGAAUAGUGGAUUCCUCUGCACUUCACUGCUGAGUUGAAUGUUGAAGAGGUGAUCGUUCCUUGAGCUGAUCUCCUCUCAGCGAUUUAAGUGCAAGUCCAACUUCUUAGUGCCUAGAAAUUUAGUUUUAUGCAGAAAUACUGUAUAAAUUUAUAUAACCCAUAUCAUUUUAGCCUUUAGUCUAUGAAUACGCUAAUGUUUUCUCAGUGAUAUUGGUGAAGUACAUUCUCAAUAGAUUCAGUAUAUUUCUGGGUAAAGUUUUCAGAACUGUCUGAAUGACUUAGGUCAGUUUGUUGCUUUUGAGUAUCUUGCCUGCUGUUAAGAAAUGUGGUAUUUUUUUUUUAAUUUGAGGUUGUGUAAUGGUAUAGUUAGCAGUUGAGGAUAUUGUCCUGUGGAACGUUUCUUUGAGAAUUGCAGAGCCGUUUGUCAAAUUGUUGAAAUUUAUGUCGGUUUGCAGACAGUUGCUCAUAGUUCUACUUUGAGAUUCAUAUCUGGGCUUUUCCAGAGCUGCUUUUAACCAGCUGCAUUCAAAAUAGUGAGCACCAGUAUGUAUCACGUGCAGCUGUUUCAUAGUUUUAUCAGUUAUUUUUUUAUGAUACAUACAACCAUAAGCAAGUUUAUUGAAUACACCAAAAAUCAGUGGUUUCUCAAACAUAAGAGAGGGCAGAAUAUCAUUCUAGUGGAGACUAGCAUGGGUCUUGGUCUGGGACACUCAAGGAGUAAAGUAAGAAGUUGGGUACUAGUGAAACAUCCCAGUACCAAAAACAACUCAUAGAUGCAAAAUCAAAGGAGAAGUUGAAACGCCUUAAUUUAUCACAGACUUAAUUUUUGUUACGUUGCUUUUCCGUGUAAGCAGAUCACUUAAAAGGUGUGUACUGAGACUAAAAUUAAGAUUUACAGUAAGAAAGUAUUUGAAAACCACUGCUGUUUUGUAUGGUAUACAUUGCACAGGAUGUGCUUUCAUGGCUUAUUUGUGGGAUUUUAGCCUUGUUGCCUGAAGUACACCUAAUGACACCACUGAAAAGUCAGAGGGGCUCAUUAUCUAAUGAGGUUGAUAUAGGUACUGUAUUCAAGAUGUGAUGAUGAUGAUAUUGUUUUAAGAUGUUCUUUUUGUGCGCGCUUUUAGAAAGACAGCUAUCUCCAAAAAUGUGAAAAAGGAAAACAAUUGCAAACAGGUAAACCAAAAGGAGAGAGAUGUUCAGCUAAAAGGUAAUGAAGUUCCUCUUGUGUAUUUUGAGGGAUCACCAAGGCUACUUUUUUCCAUGUAUGUCUUUUUUCUGUUGGUUUUUGUAUUGUCUGAGUCUGCAGCUCACAUAACAGGAUGCAGGGAGCACUUCUGGAACUUUCAUGGAUUUUCACUUCUAAGAACAUUGUAUGUUUUAAAAGUUAUAAUUAGGGGAGUUUUGAACGUGUUGCCAAGAAGUUUUUUAAACGGAUAAGAAAUGAUCAGGUUAUCAGCAAAUAUUUACCAAGAUACUUGUUUCAUUCAAUACACGGUUCAAAUCAUGCUCAGUUUCAACCUUGGAAUAGAGUUGAAUGAAAGUUUUACUGGUUGUACAGUGUACUAUGUUUAUACAAUAUAUUUGUUAUGCAUUAUAAUAUGUAUAUGUCUAUAUAGGCAUGUGCAUACACAUGCACAUAUGUUGGUAUGCAUAAGGAUAGAUAUAAAU